AUGCUGCUGUCAAGGCAGGAUUGGGGACGCACAGCAAGGUUCAGCUUUGUGGGGCUAACUCUGCAUGGACCAUCCUUUCAUUACGCCUUCCAGCUCCUGGAUCGAUGCCUUGGCACAGCAACCACCCUGUCAAUGGCAGCAUACAAGACUGUCGUGGGUCAGGUGACGAUCUUCCCGCUCUAUGUUUCAGCAUUCUACUGGUACAUGGGCCUCCUUGAGGGGCAGGACAUGGCUGGUGCGAUGGAAAGAGUCCGAAGGGCGUUCUGGCCAACGAUGGUUACCGGCACAGCCUUCUGGCCUGUGGCCAACAUGGCAAAUUUUCUGUACGUGCCACUCAAGUACCGCGUGGCUUAUGUCGGGUGCCUGGGCUUGGUAUGGAAUUCCUUUCUGAGCUGGAGCAAUUGCCACUACGGCUGA